CGCAACUAACCAAUUCACCCCGCUUCUGCCUGAACCUGUCAAUACAUACAGUUGAAGAGCGCUUCACGAACACCAGAUCUCCAGUCUCCAUGAGCCUGAAUAUCCCCUCCAAGAAUCCCAUCAGCAGCCAUCACCUCCAUACACUCACUAAAAGCUACACCCGUCCAAUAUGCCCUCCCGCAAAUCCAAAUCCAACCCCAAAUCCAACCUCCCCCGCAACCGCUGGUCCAUGUACCCAGCCCUGCACAGCGACGUCCUCAACCACCUGAGCUCCUCCCUCCCAAUCACCUCGCUAACCUUCCAUCCCUUCGACGACGCCACCAGCAGCAAAAAAAGAAUACGACACGAACAUCAUGGGCCGUUUCGUCUGCUCAAACGACUCAUGCACGUCGACCGGCUGGACGAGCAAGAAGAUCGCCAUUACGAUCCGGCUGUACCCAAGGGACGAGUACAAUGCACGGGUGUAUCAUCAGCGCUGUAAGAAGUGUAAUUCGCUUAGUCGGCCGUUUUUGGAUGAGGACAGCUAUGCGGAGAGGAUUGCAUAUCGCUUGAAGAAGUGGUAUGGGGUUGAUGUGGAGAGGCCUGUGUACGAUGAGAGGAAGAGGACUAAGCCGCAUAAUAGGGAGUUGUGUGAGGGGUGUAGGGCUGGGAGGUGUUCGUUUGCGGAGGUGUGGGAUGAGGAUGAUAAUUGGUAGAAAGGGAGGGAUUUGAAUGGUAAUGGGAUUGGUAUUUGGUCAGUCUGGUGUUAUAUCAUAUUGAGUAGGAGCAUGGGAUAUUGAGCGAUAUUUGCAAUGACAGACAUGAUACAGUUUGCUUGGGUACAGAGUUCCCAGUAACUAUGAAGCAAUACAGCGAUAAA